AUGGUUAAUGAAGAUGUGAAUAUUGUUCAAAACCAACGUCAAGGCCAAUAUCAACCUCUCUUCCAACGUGGUGGCAAUUAUCAAGGCCGACACCAAGGUAGUUCUUCUAACUCUUCUAAUUUUUAUGCUGACAACCGUGGUGGCAAUUUUCAAAAUAGGUGGCAAAAGGAUGAUAAUCAUGGCGCGCCUCAACAACAACCGCCACCAUCACUUCCAAGAAAAGAAGAAAAUCAAGAUGAAGGAUCACCUCUCAUGGCCAUGAUGGCCAAGUUUCUUAACAAGCAAGAAAAGAGGGAUGAAGCUCAAGAGAAACGAAAUGCUUCCAUGGAAAAUUACUCAAAGGUUUUGAAUGACAAGAUUGGAGGGUUGCAUGAUAAGAUAGAUGUGAGAAACCGCAACAACCAAGCCUUGAUCUCCAACUUGGAAAAGAGAAUCGAUAGAAAGAGCAACAACAAAGGCAACCGGGUUGGGCACUUUGAUGAAGAAUUUGAUGAAGAGGUUGAGAUGGAGUCACCACCAGUAGUGACUACUUCGGUUCCUAAAGCCACACCAAUCAAGGAACCCGAAGUGAAGGCAUACAAGCCCAAGAUUCCUUUUCCUCAACGCUUGAAGAAGGAAAAGAUUCAAGAACAAUACAACAAGUUCUUUGACAUGAUCAAGACGGUUACCAUCAAUGUUCCACUAGUUGAUCUCAUUUCGGGCAUGCCUAAUUAUGCCAAGUUUAUCAAAGAACUAGUGAUGGACAAGAAGAAACUUGAUGAAGCAAAGGCAACUUUCCUUAAUGAAGAAUGUUCGGCGGUCAUCCGAAACAAGCUUCCACCUAAGCUUUCGGAUCCAGGUAGUUUCCUUAUCCUUUGUACUUUUUUUAAGAAAUUGUCUUAUAAGGCGUUGGCCGACAUUGGGGAAAGCAUAAACUUGAUGCCAUAUUUAAUUUUUAGGAAGCUUUCUUUGGGGAAAUUGAAGCCCACUAAAAUGAGCAUCCGCCUUGCGGAUCAUUCUUUUCAAUACCCAUUUGGGGUGGCCGAAAACUUGCUAGUGCAAGUAAGCCAAUUUGUCUUUCCGACUGAUUUUGUUAUUUUGGAAAUGGAGGAGGACACCAAGGCGCCACUCAUUUUGGGCCGACCAUUCUUAUAUACCGCGCAUGCUAUCAUUCGGGUAAAGGACAAGAAAAUUUCCUUGGGUAUCGGGGAAGAUCGAAUUGUUUUUAAAAUUGAUAAAGCUACACAACAUUCUUAUUCAUCCGAUGACACUUGUUUUAGAAUUGAUGUUAUAGAUGAUGCAGUUGAAUUGGAAAGGUUGGAGCUUGUAGGUGUUGAUGAUGAAGAAAGUAAUGAUAGAAUGGCAAGCAUUGGAGAAGGAGAUGUCACUAGUGAGCAAGUUGAAGAGAUUGAAGAGAUUUUGGCACUAAGCGUGGAUGACACUCCAUUGGAGGAUGAAGAAUUUGAAGAAAUUGAGGUAAUUCCAAGUAGUAAGCUACCCACUCCAUUGAUAAUCCUCCAACGGAUUUAG